AUGCCGCCGCUGCUCAUUAGAAGGCUGCUGGGUCAGAGUCGGGCUGUUCCAGCGCAACUGAAGCCGCCAUCAAUUUGUCUCUUGUGUUCCUACUCUGCCGCCUCCAGACGGCCUCUCACCUCGUCGUCAAGACCGCUGCCCCGAUCAAGUGGAGGCAGGAAACAUCUCGCCUCUCUACCUAGGCUGCACAACCGCGACCAAUCGACAUCUUCCUCCUCCGCUCCCACCGGCUCACCCCCUUCUGACCCUCGCCAAGAGCUCCAACGCGCCCUCCUCGAGCUCGAAUCCCGCGCACCGAACCACAUCAACCUCGCCCGCCUCCAGCUAGCCCUGCGCAACCUUUCCGAACCUCCCGGCCAUGAAUCCAUUCGCGUCGCAGUCCUCAAUGUCACAGAUCGCUCCGGCGCCACCGCCAAGCGGUUAGUGCGUCUUGCGCUAGCCGACCCUCUCAAGCCGGCCGAGCCCUGGGAGGAGCAGCUCGAGGCGCACGAGACUGAGACACGACCGCUUGUCGUGAGGAUCGCUGGGCCGCCGGACGCUCGAGAAAGAGUGAUGAGCGAAGGGGAAGGAGCAGGAGCAGGGCUGAGGACGGUCAAGGAGCAUGUGAUUGCCGAGCUGAGGGUUUCGUCGCCCCUGCUGAACGGCGCAAACCUGGAGAUGCUAGUUGCGGAUGCGGGCUCGCUCACGGGUGCGCAUAGGGAGGAGGCUGCUGACGAUGCUGUGUUGGUGCCGGUUGUGGACGUGGCGACUACGACGGCGGGGCAUGUUGCGCCGGUUGCCACGCCGGUGCAUAUUGCGCUUCUUGUGGGGGACGGGGUCCUCGGCGCCGCCUCGAUUUUGUCGCUUCCUAUCUCAGAAGGGAUGGACACUGUUGCUGGGGUGGUCAACUUCGUGGAUAUCGCAAAGGAAGAUUUGGCUGAUUGCCCGCUCGUCACAGUUAAUGUCGAUGCCGGUAGCAAGGGCCUGGAGCUUUUCCGCGGCGAUGUCGGGAAGGCGAUGGAGUAUGAGGCAUUGUGGUCUAAGGCUAACGUAGCGCGGAUCAGUGAGUGGUUAAGGAAGAGCGCACUGCCAAGCAACGAGGGAGGCAUGAAGACGCCGGUCCGGAACCUGAUCGGCUCUCUGCUUCGCAAUGCUAAGGCAGCCAUCCAAGCGGACGAGGCCCGCGGUAUGGGCACGGAAGUGAAAGCGAACGUGUCUCCGGGUGCCGUGGCCGAUUUGGACCAAGCACUGUCAGACUGGGCACAGAACGCCCAUCAGGAGCUACAGCAGCAGCUAGAUGCCGCGUUCACUACCGGAGCGUGGAGCAAGCUUGGCUGGUGGAAGCUCUUCUGGCGAGCUGACGACGUGGGUAUGGUCACCUCGGAGAUGGUUGCCCAGCGUUUUCUUCCCGGCGCAGAGAAGGGCAUAAUAUAUCUUGCCGGCCGCAUACAAGAAGCGGGCCCUGUAAUGGGACGGGAAGGGCAACCCGUUUACUCAACACCAUCAACUUCAACCUCUCAAGCUCCGAAUGUCGCUCAGACGCAAGACACUCUCGCACAUAAUGCCGUCGACAAGUGGCCGACACAUAUCCCAUUCACGAGGAAUUAUCUUCAAGAAAAGACGGUUCCCGCCCUACAAGCCCUCGCGCAGAAGCUUGCCGUCCAAUCUGCCAGCCUUGCCGGUCUCAGUACAGCCCUCGCUGGCCUCUCCUAUCUCUCCGCAUUUGGGGCGUACGAGUGCGGGGCGAUCGCGGCCUUGGGCAUUGCCCUGAGCUUCAAGCGCCUCCAGCAGAAGUGGGACGCGGCGCGGGAGUACUGGCAAGGGGAAGUGCGCGAAGAAGGCCGCAAGGCCAUCCGUGCAACCGAGAUGAGUGUUGCCCAAGUAUUGGAUAAGGCUGGCAGGGUUACCGAUGCUCAAGCCGACGGGACUGCGCAGUUGGAGGAGCUUACAAGGCCCGAAGAGGUCAUCAAACGCGCUGAGGAGGCUCUUGCGCGGAUAAAGUAG